AUGAGUGUCUCAGAAGCCGUGCGCGGCACCCACAUGCUUGCGCGGGCAGCCUACGGUCGCCAAGCGGGGCUCACCGGCGCGCUGGGCACUGCCCCGACGCAGUGGCGCACCCGCCCUACCGGCUACCAGGUCAUUCCAGACGAGCUGCGCGAGGCGGCUGGCCACUGUCGAGGCCCGAAGCGCUACGACCACGGCCCCAUUGCCGAAUAUAACUCACGCGUCGAAAGCGGACGCCUGCGCGACGACGAACACCAGCGAGGCAUCAUCGAUAAUCUGCAGGCCCUGCAUGUCAUCCUCUCCAAAUACAGCCCCCCGCCCGUUGUCCAUCCAACAAUAGAAUCCCUCCAGCCACCCAAGAAGUCCCUCCUAGGCUCUCUAUUCAGCUCGAAAGAAGAAGGAUGGAAGCCAGUCAUUCCAGAAAACCUCCCGAAGGGCAUAUACAUGUACGGCGACGUCGGCAGCGGGAAGACCAUGAUGAUGGAUUUAUUUUUCGACACUUUGCCCAAGAACAUAAAGACCAAGACUCGGAUACAUUUCCACGGAUUCAUGCAGCAGGUGCAUAAAGAGUUGCAUAAGAUGAAGUUGAAGUAUGGAAACGAUUUAGAUCUCGUUCCGUUUGUGGCGGCGGACAUCGCGGCAAAGAGUCAGGUUUUGUGCUUUGACGAAUUCCAAUGCACCGACGUUGCGGAUGCCAUGAUUCUCCGACGCUUGGUGGAGUCGCUGAUGGCGCACGGGGUUGUCAUUGUAACAACCUCAAACCGACACCCAGACGAUCUGUACAAAAACGGAAUUCAGCGGGAGUCUUUCGUGCCCUGCAUCCAACUCCUCAAGUCGCGUCUGCGCGUCAUCAACCUAGACUCGCAAACAGACUACCGCAAAAUUCCGCGACCGCCGUCGGGAGUGUACCACCACCCGCUUGACGAAUCGGCUAAAACACACGCCGAUCGCUGGUUCCGGUUCCUCGGCGACUUUGAGAACGAUCCGCCUCACGAGGCUAAACAUGAGGUUUGGGGCCGUGAGCUCUCGGUUCCUAGGGCGAGUGGGAAGGCGGCCAUGUUCUCUUUCAACGAGCUCAUCGGGCGCGCAACAGGCGCCGGUGACUACCUUGAGUUGAUGAGGAACUAUGAGGCUUUUAUCGUCACGGAUGUUCCUGGAAUGAGCCACAAGUCUCGUGACCUGGCAAGAAGGUUCAUUACCUUCAUCGAUGCCGUCUACGAAAGCAGGGCGAAACUUGUUCUCACCACGGCAAACCCUCUUAACGAACUUUUUAUCACACAUGAUGAGCUUGAAGAAGCGAAGAAGGAGAACAAGUCCGACGGGGAUGAAGAGCAUAUCCCCGACGCCAUGCGCAGCCUUAUGGAUGAUUUGGGCAUGAACAUGGCAACACUCAAGAACUCGUCGAUUUUCACCGGAGACGAAGAGCGCUUCGCGUUUGCCCGCGCCUUGAGCAGACUCGUAGAGAUGGGUAGCCAGGAGUGGGUAGAGAGAGGGCUGGGAAUGGAGAAGCUCGGCGGCAAAGCUGAGCAUGAUAGCUGGCAGAAGGUGCGCAGCAAAUGGAGGGAGGAUAGCAUGUAG